AAGUGUCUAAAAUAACUUGUGUUUUGCUAUUGCAGGAUAAUUACAUUAAUAUCAAGGAAGAAGUCUCUGAUCAUGGCAGAGAGGGAAGUUACCAUUUUGCCUUAAGUGGAAAAUCCUUUCAGGUUAUAAGUCAACAUUUCAGUAGCCUACUCCCAAAGAUACUGAUAAAUGGAACAAUCUUUGCAAGAAUGUCUCCUGGGCAGAAAUCCAGUCUGGUGGAAGAAUUUCAGAAACUGGAUUACUUUGUAGGUAUGUGCGGUGAUGGAGCCAAUGACUGCGGGGCUUUGAAAAUGGCUCACGUGGGCAUCUCUUUAUCAGAACAGGAGGCAUCUGUGGCCUCACCUUUCACUUCUAAAACUCCAAACAUUGAGUGUGUACCUCACCUUAUCAAGGAAGGACGUGCCGCUCUCGUUGCCUCAUUUUGCAUGUUCAAGUACAUGGCUCUGUACAGCAUGAUCCAGUAUGUUAGUGUUCUGCUGCUCUACUGGGUAUGA